AUGGAUCCGAACAAAACCCAUGUCAGUCUCUUGGAGUCCCUCCUUCAAGAUUUGAUUGGUGAAAUAGUUGCCAGAGUUGGAGCUGAUUCACCACAAGAUUACGUCAACUUUAUACUCUCAUGCAAGGAACUAGCAGCUUCCGCACCUGACAAGCGUAUGCGUAAGAGACUCAAUCUUGCCCCAUUAGUGAAGAGACCGUUGGCAUCCAGCAGCUACCAGAAAUUGAUGGACAAAUGGUUAGCUAACAACAAUCCAUAUGCCCACUACAUCGAAGGUAUACUAGAAUACUUUGUCCACAACGACAAGUUCACAGGUCUCUAUCAUUUCUCAGUUGCAGCUGAUGCGGGUCACAAGGAAGCUGUAUACCUCUAUGCCAUUAUUUUACUAUGCAAGGGGUUGACUAAUUCAGGGCAGCAUUAUUUAAGCCAACUAAAAUGGGAAGAAGACACAACCAUGGUGGACAAAUGCUGGGAAAACAUCAAAACUUCACUGCAUGGAAUUAGGGUGCUCCGAAAAAGACUUUACGUCACAUCACUCCGGCAGAUGAAACCACGUGACGCAUGCCACCUCUACGACAUGAACAAUUCAUGUGCCAAGUGUUUCUACUACAAACAAAUGUUCAAGUUUAUCUACAUGAUAUAA